GCAAUUUUGUUCGGAGCUAGCUUUUGAGGCUUCUGCCCACCGCCAUGGACGAGCCAUCCGAGAAGUUCGACCCAGUUGUGAACCCAGAAACUCAGAUGAAUGAUGGAUCUCAGAGGGAAGAUGAAGAGGACUCACCGGAUGAUUCAGAAAUCCUACAACCAGAAACACUAGUAAAGGUCAUGAAAAAGCUAACCCUGAACCCCAGUGCCAAGUCGACAAAAUAUCAUCGUCGUCAAAGGGUUCGUCUCGGGAUUAAGAGCCAGACUGUGGAGAACAGAAGUGAAAGAAUCAUGAGGGAAGUUCAAAGCGCCUUUCCCAAGAGAAGGGUCCGCACACUGUUGUCGGUGCUGAAAGACCCCAUAGCAAGGAUGAGAAGAUUUGUUCGGAUUGAGCAGAGACAAAGACAGCUUGAAGGAAAUGAGAGACGAGAUGAGCCAUUCAGAUGUCUCUGCACUUUCUGCCAUUAUCAGAGAUGGGAUCCUUCUGAGAAUGCUAAAAUCGGGCAGAACCAGAAGAAUUAGGGCAGUUUGAAUUGUACACCGUCCUUGCCGUUAACGGUGCCAUGCAGCAGAUGUGAAAGCUGUUUUUUUGUUUAAGAUUAAACUUUUCUUGGUGCUGGGGAAAUCUCUUCUAAUUGCUAACCUUUAAAUUAUAUAGGAUGUGUGACAUUUGGAUUCAUGGGAAUGACAGAUUUACCCAAGAAUUGAGCAUGAGUCAAAGCCUGGUAGUUUGAUUUAGAAGGUAAUUGAAUAGAUCUUUUAUUUUA